AUGUGGAUUUUGUGUCUUUCUUUGGCACUGUUGAGCAGCUUUGUGCCUGUCCGCCACUGUGGAAACAUUCUGGUAGUUCCCUUGGAAGGAAGCCAUUGGGUGAACAUGGACAUCCUAAUCAAGGCACUGUACAAUCACGGCCACAACAUCACUGUGUUACGUACAACCAGAAGCUGGUACACAAAGGAAAACGCAACCCAUUACAGUUCUGUUACAGUGCCUGUCAGUGAAAGCCUUGAUGAGGAAUUCGUUAAGCCCAUUCUAAAGCGAUUAUUUGCUGUUGAGCGGAGUGCAACCUCAGUGUUUAAUUUUGUUAGUCUCCAGUUUGAAAUGUUUGCUGCAAUGACUAAAGUCCAUGAGAUGGUUUGCAGAAUGGUUAGGACCAUGUUUGAGGAUGAUGACUUGAUGCAGUCGCUACGAGAACAGCAGUAUGAUGUCAUGCUCACAGACCCAGCGUGGGGUGCUGGUCUCAUGUUGGCUCACUACUUUAACAUCCCACUAGUCUACAAUGUGAGAUGGAUUACUAGUGGAGAGGGACACCAUGCCAUUGCACCUUCUCCAACAUCAUACAUCCCAAUGACCGGAUCAGGGUUAACUGAUAAAAUGACGUUCAAUCAGAGAAUGAAAAACUUGUUGUUUUAUGUACUCAUGGAUAUUCAGCAUAGAUUCCUAAUAAAACCUCAGUAUCAGGCUGUCUGUAAUAAAUACUUUCAUCCACAUGUUGAUUUUUAUGAGCUUCUACAGGGUGCUGAUAUUUGGCUUAUGAGGGUGGAUUUUGUCUUUGAAUUUCCUCGUCCAAUAAUGCCAAAUUUUAUUUACAUUGGUGGCUUUCAGUGCAUGCCAGCCAAUCCCCUACCACAACAUCUGGAGGACUUUGUGCAAGGUUCUGGAGAACAUGGAGUCAUUGUCAUGUCUUUGGGGACGUUUGUUAGUGAACUUCCACGAGACAUAACUGAAGAUAUUGCUGCCGCUUUUGCAAGAAUGCCACAGAAGAUUGUUUGGAGACAUCUUGGAGAGAAACCAACUACUCUAGGCAACAACACAUUACUGGUUGAUUGGAUGCCACAGAAUGAUCUUCUUGGACAUCCAAAGACCAGAGUGUUUGUAGCUCAUGGGGGAACCAAUGGAGUUCAGGAAGCCAUUUACCAUGGUAUUCCAGUGGUUGGAAUGCCACUUUUCUUUGACCAAUAUGACAAUCUCCUUCGGCUGAAAGAGAGAGGAGCUGCAAAGAUGCUGUCCUUGAGCACUGUCAAUGAGAAUAUCUUCUAUCAAGCGGUGCAGGAAGUGUUUACAGAACCUUCCUACAGGAAAAACAUGCAGCGACUGUCCGAUCUCCAUAGAGACACUCCAUUAAAACCACUCGACAGCGCCCUCUUUUGGAUUGAGUUUGUCAUGAGACACAAAGGUGCAGCUCAUCUGAGCAACGAGGCCUAUAAAAUGCCCUGGUACUCAUACUACAGUGUAGAUGUUGUACUGUUUGUUUUAGCAAUGGUUUUAGUACCUGUGUUUCUAACAGUGGCAUUGGUCAGAUGGGUGUGCAUUAGAUUACAUGGCAGAAGUAAAAUAAAAAAUGAGUAG